AUGUCAGGUGAGGCGGCAGCAGCAGCCCACGGACUGGACAUAGGUGAGGCGGAAACAGCAUCCGAAAGACUGGACACAGCAUCCCACGGACUGGACACAGAUGAGGCGGCAAAAGCAUCCCACGGACUGAACACAGGUGAGGCGGCAAUAGCAUCCCACGGACUUGACACAGAUGAGGCGGCAAAAGCAGCAUCACACGGACUGGACACAGGUGAGGCGGCACCAGCAUCCCAUGGACUGGACACAGGUGAGGCGGCACCAGCAUCCCAUGGACUGGACACAGGUGAGGCGGCACCAGCAUCCCACAGACUGGACACAGGUGAGGCGGCACCAGCAUCCCAUGGACUGGACACAGGUGAGGCGGCACCAGCAUCCCAUGGACUGGACACAGGUGAGGCGGCACCAGCAUCCCAUGGACUGGACACAGGUGAGGCGGCACCAGCAUCCCACAGACUGGACACAGAUCACUACAACUACUCACGGGCACGGGAGUCCGAAGCUGCCUCAUCUCAUCUCAUCUCAUCUGCCCCUUGGCGGUUGCCGUUGGGGCGCUACAGAUGA